ACACCCAUGCAACCCUUGCGACCCCCCUUUUUGGAUCUUACGUGAAGAAAGGCGGUAGCCUACACGCAAAUAGCCGGCUCGCACGGGACGCGGCUUGCUAGCCGAUCGCCGACUCUACUGCUCUGCCAUGAAGAUGCUUAGUGUUGAAUGAUACCUAAAGGAAGUAUAAAUCCAUGUUUUUGCACACUCUCCCUCCACCCACCUGUCUGGUUCUUCCACGUUCGGCGCAAAUUGGAGCGAAAAUCUUGACGUUGCUGGUUACCAUAAGUGUUACAGAGAGUGCUUUGCAAAUGCAAUCUGCGUCCCAAUAUCCCUUCCCGCAAUACGCAAACCCUGACGAAGACUGGACCAAGAUAUCGGAUUUCGAGGAGCGCCGUCGGAUACAAAGCAGGAUUGCUCAACGCAAAUAUCGUAAGCGUCCCCUAUUCAAUUGGGUUUUCGAGCAGAACACUACAUAGGUUUCUGAGCUCACUUUAUUCUCUGACAUAUUCCAGGCAUGAAAAAGAAGGAGGCGUCGAGUCAAUCACAGGCUACAAUGGACCAGAGCAUUGAGACAACUGAGCUUGCAACCAAUUGUCCGACCAGCCCUGUGGACAUUCCCAGGCUGCCUAACAUUGACACUGGAAAUCAAGCCCACGGACCUCAGCAAUUGUACCCAUCCAUAGGAGAGGUUCCCCAACAGUACAACCCCAACGUUUCUUCGCUGAAUCUGGGUUUUGAGACGGCUGGGCUGGCAGGGGAGGAAUUGGGCGACUUUCACCCAGACCUCACCGGAACCUGCACAGACAACAAUCCCCACGGAAUGCAUUCCCAACUGCUUCCUACUCCUCCUACCGAUGCGGCUGAUAUCUUGGCACGACCUCCACCUGGACCGCCACCGUCAGGGUCGUAUUACUCUCACACUAGCGGCCCGAGCCCGCAGUCACCAACACACACCCCGCAUUCGCACGACUAUCACGGUCCCGAAAGCCACCAUCAACACUUCUCACCGCGGGCGGUGAGCAAGAGCACCAUGAUAUCGCCACGACACCCCCCAUUUCCGACCAUCCCUCAACAACCACCCUGUGCUUAUUCACCUCCGCCAACUACCGUCUUUGGUUCCUCAUACUUUUGCGCGGGGAGUCCGCGGAUGCCGACGCACAGUCCCUAUCAAAACCGCUCUCGUAAGCCGCACUUGCAGCACUGUCAGCCAUCAAACCAUGAAUGGACGCCUUGGCCGGAUCGAUGCCGGCGGUCUAGUAAUCAUGAAUGCGUCAGUUUUUCGUAUCAGUGUAUGGGCAAUUACUCCAAUCAACGUCCUCCAUGCUCGUGCCUGCCUGGCUCGGGACCAGCAUCAUACCAAUUACCCCAGCCUAAUGGCCGUUGCCAUCCACAUAACCCGUAUGCAGACAGGGCGCCCACAUAUCAUCCUUGGACAGGCUUAGGCGAAUCUACCCCUGCUGGGUAUGGACCAUGGCAGGCUGCUCGCGGAGCAGGUGCAAUUGAUCCUGACAUGGACGCCGCACUUCCACUCUCGACCAAACGAGAUUGCUGCUGUGGGAGAUGUUAGGAAAUGCGCUAUGAAACAUGAUGUGGACAUAGAGUGUACGGGUGGAACGGCGUUUCACGAAGAUGCAUGAAGCGUGUUUAGAAACAUGAUUAGUACAUGCUGAGCUAUCAAGCUAUGUCGUGUACGGCCGUAGCUAGGCAUUGCGAAUAUACAGUAGAAUUUUACAUACAGACAAGCUCGUACCUACCACGUUCUGCAGCACUCUCCGCCGAUAUGUGGGACACGACCAUGUCGCCAUGUUGAGC